AUGAUCGACUUAGAAGGAUAUUCUAGGAAACUGAAAGAACUAAAAAGGAAAGCGCAAGAUGCCACUAUUGAGAAUAGACUUCUUGUUGAUAGGGAGAGCAAAGACAUAGAAAGCUCUGGGAAACCACGAGUAUAUAACAUGCAAGAUGAUCAAGACAACCAGCUGGAGACACAGGAGGAAGACGCCGAUGAUAAAGUAGCAAAGCUUAUGAAUUACACUCUGCGACAGUACGAAGAAUGGGAAAAGAAACAAAAGGAUAAAAAGAUAAAAGAUGAUAGUUCUGACAUGAAGCAACUAGCGAUGUUUAGUUAUGAUAAAGGGGUCAGCAAUUUGAAUCGAUUCCGUACAGACAAAACAACAACGGAAAGAGAAGUACAAAUACAGGUAAACUCGAAGACUGGGAAGGUAAAUAUUCAGGAUGAAAAGAAGUUAGUAAACGAUCUUGCCAAGAAUUUGACUAAAACUGCCAACAAGAGAUAUAUGGUGACCAAGAAAAAACUAGAUGCCAGGUCGAAAGACUCCUCUGCUGAAGGGUAUAUUAAUGAACGAAACAAACACUUUAAUGAAAAACUGGAUAGAGAAAGCAGAUAUGGUGAAGAACAAAAUUGA